AUGUAUCCUCUGCAAAACAACAGAUGCAAUACAACAGCACAAAAGCCACAACAAAUGCAGAUGAGUGAUCAAAUGUCGAUGACGUCGGUACAUAUGGAUCAAUCUUUGAAUUAUGUUAUGGAUGGAUCAGAUAUGAUGGGCCCACCUACGCCUAAAAAUAUGGGUUCACCAUAUGGUGACAUUAUAUAUGAUGAUCCCCAUUAUCAUCAUCGUCACGAACAAGAAAAGACUACAACAACAACUGAUGCGUCAGAAGAGCCUCGAUUGAAAAAGUACAGUUAUUUUUAUUUGGGACGAAAGCUUUGGUAUAUUCCAUUGUUUUUCACCACCAUUUGGAUCCUUUAUGUAGGUGCUUUAAUUAUUCGUUCCAUUUUUCGUCAUAAGAUUGAAUCACCGAAUCACUACCAGCGAAGUCUGAAUAACUUGUCUCCAAAAGAGACAGUUGAUAAAAUUAACGAAAUGACUGCUUUCACUAUGAAACAAAUCGAGGAGUUCAAGGAGAAAUAUCUCUGA